AUGGCCGAUGCCGACAAGCCCGAGGCGGCCGCGGGUGACGACAGCCCGCAGCAGCAACCGGCUGAGCCGCGGCGAGACCCGCACCCCGGCGAGCCCGAGAAACCGCCGCGCAGCAGCGCCAACGGCGUUAAAAUGGAGAAUGAUGAAUCAAUGAAGGAGGAAAAAUCUGAUUUAAAAGAAAAGUCUACAGGAAAUAAGAAGGCCAAUCGGUUUCAUCCUUAUUCAAAAGAUAAGAAUUCGGGCACUGGAGAAAAGAAAGGUCCAAAUCGGAAUAGAGUGUUCAUUAGCAACAUCCCCUAUGACAUGAAAUGGCAGGCUAUUAAAGACUUGAUGAGAGAAAAAGUUGGUGAGGUUACAUACGUGGAGCUCUUUAAGGAUGCGGAAGGAAAAUCAAGGGGUUGUGGCGUGGUUGAAUUCAAAGAUGAAGAAUUUGUAAAGAAAGCAUUAGAAACUAUGAACAAAUAUGACCUUAGUGGAAGGCCUCUGAAUAUUAAAGAGGAUCCCGAUGGAGAAAAUGCUCGCCGGGCGCUGCAGCGAACAGGAACAUCAUUUCAAGGAUCACAUGCCUCCGAUGUGGGAUCUGGGUUGGUGAAUUUACCACCUUCCAUUCUCAAUAAUCCAAACAUUCCUCCCGAGGUUAUCAGCAAUUUGCAGGCUGGUAGACUUGGUUCCACAAUUUUUGUUGCUAAUCUUGACUUCAAAGUUGGUUGGAAGAAACUAAAGGAAGUGUUCAGCAUAGCUGGAACUGUGAAGCGGGCUGACAUUAAAGAAGACAAGGAUGGCAAGAGCAGAGGCAUGGGCACUGUCACUUUUGAGCAAGCAAUCGAAGCAGUCCAAGCAAUUUCCAUGUUCAAUGGGCAGUUUUUAUUUGAUAGACCUAUGCAUGUGAAAAUGGAUGACAAAUCUGUCCCUCAUGAAGACUACCGGUCACAUGAUAGUAAGACGUCACAGUUACCACGUGGUCUUGGAGGCAUCGGAAUGGGACUUGGUCCAGGUGGACAACCUAUUAGUGCCAGCCAGCUCAACAUAACUGGUGUAAUGGGGAAUUUGGGUCCAAGUGGUAUGGGAAUGGAUGGUCCGGGUUUUGGAGGAGUGAAUAGAAUUGGAGGAGGAGUUGGAUUUGGUGGUCUGGAAGCAAUGAAUAGCAUGGCAGGCUUUGGUGGAGUUGGCCGAAUGGGAGAGCUAUACCGCGGUGCAAUGACUAGUAGCAUGGAGCGAGAUUUCGGACGUGGUGAUAUUGGAUUAAGUCGAGGCUUUGGAGAGUCCUUUGGUAGACUUGGCAGUGCAAUGAUUGGAGGGUUUGCAGGAAGAAUAGGAGCUUCUAACAUGGGUCCAGUAGGAACUGGAAUAAGCGGCAGCAUGAGUGGCAUGAGCACUGUGACGGGAGGCAUGGGCAUGGGCCUGGACCGCAUGAGCUCCAGCUUUGACAGGAUGGGGCCAGGCAUCGGAGCCAUAUUGGAAAGGAGCAUUGACGUAGACCGAGGGUUUUUAUCUGGUCCCAUGGGAAGUGGAAUGAGAGACAGAUUAGGCUCCAAAGGCAACCAGAUAUUUGUUAGAAAUCUUCCUUUUGACUUGACUUGGCAGAAAUUAAAAGAGAAAUUCAGCCAAUGUGGUCAUGUAAUGUUUGCAGAAAUAAAGAUGGAGAAUGGCAAGUCAAAAGGCUGUGGGACAGUCAGGUUUGAAUCUGCAGAGUCAGCUGAAAAGGCCUGCAGAAUAAUGAACGGCAUCAAGAUCAGCGGCAGGGAAAUCGAUGUGCGCUUGGACCGUAAUGCAUAAUUUCAAGCAUGGUUGGAACAUUCCCUUACCUGUUUAUUGACUCUCCUAGUAAAAGUCAUUUUUUAGUAAUGUUGUAUGCUUACAAAUGCUGUAAAAAUGAACUUUUAAAACUCCCACCAGCUUUUAACAGUAUAAUGUUGAAAAAUAUACUGUGAUUUUCGUUCUCUCAAGUUUGAGUUUCUGAAGACAGCACGUCUGAUCAUUCAGUUUCAGUGAAUGGACAUACCAUUUUUAAUGAAAUAAGCCAUUUUGUUAUUUUCAGUAGUAUAGUUUGUCUGUUCUAGUUUCCUCAACCUUAUUGUAAGUUAACAUACUUUUUUUUUUCUUUUAAAAUCUCUGCUUUGUAUGUAAUUGUUAAAGGAAAGAAAGGGCUCAGACAAAUUAGGAUGUGAUUUUGGUUUGGUUUAAAUUACUUUUCUCUGCUUAUAAAGAAUAGUAAUUAAGUGUUACACUCUAAAGUUGAAGAUGUUUUUUAUUUGACCUAAAUGAAGACAUGAAUUUUUUUCUUUUUGCCCCUCUAUCAUUCCAUCUUUUCCACAUAACACUAUUAAAAAUAUCAAACUCCGCAACCCCUUAUUCUGUUAUUUCCAAUAAUUCCAAGUUCAUAUAGAACUGAUAAAGUAGCAAGUCCUAAGUAUAACACUAGGCAGACCACCCCCAACUUUCGGUCUAGUUUCCAGCCAUUAAAAUGAACUGCUAAGAACAAAAAAAUAAUUGAAAUGUUGAGAGAGAUUGUUAUAUAAGUGAGUCCCUUGCUAUUCACUUCUAUAGGAGCAGAUGCAUUCGUAAAUGCAGUCUUAAUAAACCAGGGAAGACCUAGGCAUAGCAUAUCAAAUACAUUGGAUCCCACGAUGUUAGAUAUAGCCAUGUCUCCUUUACCUGCAGAAGAAUAGCAUGUUGUUAAAAUGUACACAUCAAUACUAUAUUUUAUUAAUAAUCUUCAUAAGAAAAACACUGGAUACUUUUUGUUGGUUAGUUUUAGAAAACUGUUAUUGUUAGAGCCAGAGUCUUAUUAAAUUUGUAUUUCCUUGGGUUAGUAUUUUAAAGUCUUAACAUUUAUUUAAUAAUUGUCUUUAUUUAUUAAACCAUUUUUAAUAAGGUAUGCAGCUUACUUGUUGCUUUUUAUUCUCAUUUGACAAUGAAUUACUAUCUGAUGCACAUUUCAGGUAAAUGGUCUGGAGGGGGAUUAGGUUGGUCGAAUUAACCUGCUAUAAAAACUAAAUGCUUCCCGAGUCACUUCUUUUUUACUUAAAGUAUAUUAGUGAGGAAGUAUUAUUUCGUUUACUUUGACUUGCUUUUUGGUAAAAGACCUCCAGUCUUACCUUUUCUUGCAACUAACACACUUGCAACUGUAUCUGGUAUGCUUGUCCCUGCUGCCAACAAAGUAAGGCCCAUCACUGUGUCUGGGAUUCCUAGAGUUUCCCCUGUAACAGGCACAGAGACUACAGGUUACCAAUCUCAAAUCUUAGAUGAACCAUUUUUCUGAAGGCAGCUAAAAUACUUCUCUAUUCAGAAAAAAUAUUUAGGUAUGUUUAGGUAUUUGAACCAAGACAUGCUUAUGUGGUUUUUAGAUGGCAAAGCAUUUGAAACAGGUUGAUAGUUGGGAUAACCAGGUUAGCACAGUUUUUCAAUGUCAGAUAGCUGAAGAUACCGAGUAGCCAAAGUUCUAGCAGAAAAAAGCCUUGUAGUUGGCAUUCAGAGGAAGCUGUGUGUGUCACUGUUGCCUCUUUUGGACUGUUGCAUUUUCUCUUUUCUACAAGUUACUUAGAGUAAUUAAGCACCUUACAGUUAUUGAUUAAAAUGUUGAAGUGUGAAA